UCGUUUCUAGCAUAACUGCGAUAGUUAACGUUUGUCUUGGUCGUGCGCGGAUUGGGAAUAUUGAAUCACGAGCGCAGCUGGGUGACCGCACAAACCGCGUCGAUUUAUAUAACGAGUGCGACUGUGAAAUAACUGAGCUUUUCACAAACUUGUUUGCGUAGGAACUUCAUCUGUUUGGAGAGACAGAGGUAUCUGUGCGGGAGUAGACCAGAAGUUUUUGCCUUUUUAAGCUGGUUGUUCUUUCCAUCGCCAUGUCCUCCGGUGAUGUGUCGGAGCAGUGUCGGCGGUCUUGCGUGUUAUCUUGGGAGCAGGUGCAACGUUUGGACUCUAUUCUUGGCGAGACGGUUCCAGUUCACGGACGUGGAAACUUCCCGACGCUUUCGGUUCAGCCGCGACAGAUUGUUCAGGUGGUUCGAGCACGUUUGGAGGAGCGAGGCAUCACGGUUCGAGAUGUGAGGCUGAACGGCUCGGCUGCCAGUCAUGUUCUGCACCAGGACACGGGCCUCGGAUACAAGGACUUGGACCUGAUAUUUGGCGUUUCACUGUCAGAUGACCAGGCCUUCCGCGUGGUUAAGGAUGUGGUUCUUGACAGCCUGCUGGACUUCCUCCCCGAGGGGGUCAGCAAGGAGAGAAUCUCAGCCCUUACUCUGAAGGAGGCUUACGUACAGAAGUUGGUGAAGGUUUGCAACGACACCGACCGCUGGAGCCUCAUCUCGCUCUCCAACAACACCGGCAAGAAUGUUGAGCUUAAGUUUGUGGACUCUCUCAGGCGCCAGUUUGAGUUCAGCGUGGACUCCUUCCAGAUAGCCUUGGACUCCCUUCUUCUGUUCGACCGCUGCUCAGAGACGCCCAUGUCAGAGUGCUUUCACCCGACGGUGUUGGGCGAGAGCAUGUAUGGGGACUUCGAAGAAGCUCUCGGCCAUCUUUGCAACAAGGUCAUCGCUACAAGAAACCCAGAGGAGAUCCGAGGUGGAGGGCUUUUAAAAUACUGCCACCUUUUGGUGCGAGGGUUUCGGCCAACAUCGGAAACAGAGAUGAAAUCGCUCCAGCGGUACAUGUGCUCUCGAUUCUUCAUUGACUUUUCGGACAUAGGCGAACAGCAGAGAAAGCUGGAGGCGUACCUGCAGAAUCACUUUGCCGGAAUGGAGAACAAACGGUACGACUGUCUGGUCACGUUAUACCACGUGGUCAACGAGAGUACGGUGUGCUUGAUGGGACAUGAACGACGGCAGACAUUAAAUCUUAUUUCCAUGCUCGCGCUGAGGGUGCUGGCUGAACAGAACGCCAUCCCCACAGUUACCAACGUCACAUGCUAUUACCAGCCGGCGCCGUACGUGCGAGACAUCAACUUCAGUAACUACUACAUCGCUCACGUGCAGCCGCUGGUGCGCACCUGCAGUAGUUCCUAUCCGACGUGGCUGCCCUGCAACUGACCGUAUGAGUUCAGCCCUCGCAUCUUCCCAUGUGGUGAAGAAUAUAUGCAAACAAGUGAAUAUAUAAACUGUUUUUUUCCAAACGUUUAAGAGGAGCUUUUUCAAAACAAUGGCGAUUGUUUUUAUGGUAAAUGUGACCUAUAUAGAAUGACUGCUCACUGCUGUAUGUCUGAUUUGAGCCGAUCCUUGCAUAUUCUGUUCCGCAGAGUGGAUGAAGAUCUUUUUCACAUGUAGCAGGGGAAAAGUUUUUUUUUUUUUUCUCUUAAACUCAUUAUAGAUUCAGUUAAACUCUCGCAGGUUAUGUAAAUGGGAAAGAAAGCUACAUUCUGCGUUGUGAAGCUAUAUAUGUUUUUUUUUUUUUGGCCAGACUGGUUUCAAUCAAACUCUGUUUUGCAUCUUGGUUUUUUUUUUUUAAGGACCAAAGAUAUUUUAUUUUCGUCUUUAAAAAAGAAUGGAAUGUUUGCUGUUGUAAUUCCAAGUGCCUAAAAACAUUGUACAAAAAAAGUGAGACCUGUGCUUUCUUAAAACCAUUUUUUUCUGUCUCCUUGUUUAUUGUAAAACUCUAUUUUCAGGGAUGGAGGCAUGUAUUUCCAUGUGAUUAAAAAAAAAAGCACAAAACCCAUCUUCAUGUGUUCUAGAACUCUUUUACCUUUUGAAGCUGUUCUGGUCAAAUUUUGACAACCUAAUAUGUUAAUAUUCAAGCAUGUAUUUAUUUUCUCUUUUUGUGUUGGCAUUUUGGAAAAUAAUUUCAAAUGGUAAGGACUUUCUUUAUCAGUGGAACAUUAAUCAUGAGACAUAAGAGGUGAAAGUGGUCAAUGGUGAAACUGUAAGUGUAGCAGUGUUGUGGUCUGAAUGUGCGCUGACUCUUAAUCUGAGGAAAUGGAUCCAUUGCAGUUCCAGGACAUGAACCAUACGGAUCCUUUCUGGAGCACAAUGGUCUCUCUUUUAGUGUGACACUAAAGGUAACAGACAAAGGCUGUUUCUGCCCCUGGAGAAAGAAUCCUAUUUCCUUUCAUAAUGGCAUAUCCAUGUCAUUGUUUUUGUAAACAUCAAGGAGCUGGUUUUGUGAUGUAAGCUACCAGAUCUAGGGAUGUGAUGAUAAAAGCAAUUACUACUGAUUAGUAGACUAAUAUUUACUAUAAUGUAAAAUUUUGUGAAUUGCUUUAAGUUUAAAUAGUUGAAAUAGACUUAAAUAUUUAAUUGUAAUGUUGUCGUUGCGACCGAUUCAUUCUUUGGUUCUGGUUCAUUCUUCAGUUUUCUUGGGAUGAUAGUGUAAUAGUUUUUGUAAGGGGUGAUCCAUGAAUUCUCCUUUCACCAUUGUGCUCUUCAGCCUUUUUGUGCCAUUGCCCUUUGGGAAUCAAUACAUAAAGUAUCUGUUUAGAAACUCUAGAAGAGAAUUUCUCUUCCACACAAACUUUAGGAGUGUAUGAGUAUAAGGAUGUUUUUUUUUAUUAAGGGCUCUUGGACUGACUUAUGUUCUUGCAAUUCUGAGUGAAAAAGCAUCUUUAAAAAUAUUAUGGCCUGUUUUCUGACAGCAUGUAUUUUUAUGAAUUGAAUAAAUUCAAAAGAUGAAUAAAUAUGAAGUAUUUAA